AUGACUCAGGACCGUAUAUGGUCUACCUACAUUCCCCCGCGGAGUCCCUGCAAGGCUGUCGGCUCGGCUCCGAAUCAAAGGCAGGAAGAGCCGGGAAAGACUAUUCUAGCUCAGAUCUACACAGACUGGGCGAACCACUACCUGGCCAAGUCCGGCUGCCCGCGACUCAUCAAGGACCUGAGCCAGGAUGUGACGGACGGAGUGCUGCUGGCUCAGAUCAUCCAGAUAAUCGCCAACGAGAAAGUGGAGGACAUCCAUGGGAACCCACGCAGCCACACGCAAAUGACUCAGAAUGUGGACACCUGCCUCAGUUUCCUCGACGCCAGAGGAGUGAAUGUCCAGGGGCUGUCUGCUGAAGGCAAGUACCACUGCUCACAGGUUCUGGAUCUAUAA